AUGGUUGUGGAAGGAUUCAAGGAAAGUCCGCACGAAGGAUGGGUCUGCAAACAGGAUCCACCUCCGAGACUCACGUAUGAGCACCGUAUACAGGCGGAGGCGUUCCCCCCGCGCUGCGGGCCGUGCGUGCAGGAGACGGUGGGCGAGACGUCGCCGGCGCCGGCGCGCGUGUGCCUGGCCGACGACCGCUUCCCGCCGCACCCGUACGGCCCGCCGGCGCGCGACGACUUCGAGCGCCUGCCCAUCACGCGCGCGCCGCCCGAGCGCCGCCAGCCGCUGCGCCAGGUGGUCAGCUACUUCCCGCAGCCCACGCUCAGCGACCACCCGCCGCCCUGCUGCGCGCGCGACCCCGCCCGCCCGCAGCGCCCCGACUGCCCGCCCGACUACCCGCCCGACCCGCGUGCGCACGCGUGCUGCGAGGACGCGGAGAUGCAGGCCGCCCCCGCCGCGCCGCCCGGCAGGAUGGCCGCCGCCGUCGGGCUGUGCCCGCGCUGCCGGAGCGGCCGUGCUGCCGUCGUGCCCCGCGGAGACGCAGAGCGCCUGCGACCCGCAGCCCGGGUGCCCGCCCUGCGGCCUCCCCCUGCGAGCCUCCGCGCCCUGCGAGCCCGCGGCCCUGCCCGCCGCCGCCGUGCGCCCGCGCCCCCUGCGGGCCCCGCUCUGCCCGCCCCGCCCUGCGGCCCGCCCCCGUGCAUCCCGCCUAACACCUUCCCCGUUCACCCCGAGGCGGCGGGCAGCUGCAACCGCCUCGUCUCAGAGGCGGCGUGCCCGCGUCGGCGCGGGUGCUCGUGGCCCGCCAAGGCCUUCAAGCCGUGCGACGACUCGUCGGGGCCGCCCCAGGGCCCGCCCUGCUUCCUGCCCUGGGAGGCCCGCCGCGCCGCCAAGGACGACCCCAAUGCCCCUGACGCGGGCGUCAAGAUCGUGGACAAGUUCAACAAGAUGGCGUACUCAGACUGCGACUGGCGGGAGCACUACCGCGAAGUGCUGGGUCACUUUAACGAAGUGCACCAUGCUGCCAAUUGGUGA